CAAGGAUUUCAUGGGAAACUGUGUAAUGUUGAACUGCAAGUACCGAAUUGUCAUGUAGAUGUACAUUAAUAUUUAUGUAUAGUAGAAUGGCCUGCUUUAGCCAAACUUGGUCUUGAUAUUGCAAGCAAUGUGUUCUUAUCCUUUGCUUUUCUUAUGGUGAUUCAUCGUCAUUAUCGUAUUUGUGGAAAUAGUCUUCACAAGUCCUUGUUAUCCAGUGGCAUUAUUUUCUCUGUUGGCGUGAUUGGAUCCAAUAUUAUUACUGCCAUUUUGAUUUCUUGUCGAGUUAUGGGUGGUUUAUCAGCAGAUUUGUAUUCGUUUGACUGGGUCAUUACCAGUUAUUUAUUGAUCAAACAAUUUAGCCAAAAGACCCAUGGCACUAAGAGUACAACCAAUAAUGACGAAGAUGAAGAUGAAGGCACUUCCAAGACUAUGCAUAGACCAAUAUCAUUCUCUAGUCUUGACAUUAUUUCUGACCCUUCUUAUCGUCACCAUACCAUGCUUGUCAAUGAAGCAAGUCUUAUAUCUUCAGAAUUAAGAGACAACAGUCGACUAUCAGCAGGUAUUCUUUCAGCCAGUACGACAAUUAAACCAACACAGGAAGUUACAACACAUAAAAUCGUUUUAUAAUAAUAAAAGCCAUUUUGAUUGGUUAAAAAAAGACUGUACUUGAUUGGCUCAUUUUUUGCUUGGAAUAAAAAUAAUAUAUACUCCCUUUUUUUUUCU